AUGUUCAUGCAAUCCCGAACCGAAUUCAACAUGGAACAAAAUCCACCAUCUCUCCAUGAUGAUCAUCAUGACUCGAGUAGGACUAGCCCUUCCUCGUCUUCAUCAAGCCAAACAAAUUCAACGAGCUCUGUACAGCAGCAGAUUGUUGCAACAAAAUCAUGGCCACAGAAACUUGUAGAAUCAGCACCAAACUCCAUCCGACCCUAUCUUUAUCUUAUGAGGCUUGACAAGCCUAUUGGUACAUGGCUUUUAAUUUAUCCGGGUUUAUGGAGUUUGGCAUUUGCAGAUGUUGCCUCUCUCAUUCCGAGUCCUUACAAUGCAACACUACUUGCCAUCGGCGCACUCAUUAUGAGAGGUGCUGGAUGUACAGUGAAUGAUAUGUGGGAUCGAGAUUUUGACAAACAAGUCGAAAGAACCAAAAUGAGACCAAUUGCAAGUGGUCAAAUAUCAAUGAGAAAUGCUACUAUAUUCUUGACAGCUCAAUUGUUGGCUGGUUUGGCAAUUUUAGUUCAAUCCAAUUAUUAUACCAUUGCUCUGGGAGCCAGCUCUUUGUUUCUUAUGUUCACCUAUCCUCUCAUGAAAAGAAUUACGUAUUGGCCGCAGAGUUAUUUGGGCUUAACCUUUAAUUGGGGUAUUUUUGUGGGAUAUGCUUCCUUUGCUGGUUUCUGUAAUUGGUCAAUUUUAGUGCCCAUGUAUUUGGGAUCUAUUGCAUGGACUCUUGUCUAUGACACUAUUUACGCACACCAAGAUAAGAAGGAUGACAAGGAUAUUGGAGUGAAAUCCACGGCUUUACUUUUUGGAGACCGUACACGGGAAAUUUUGACAGGAUUUUCUCUGAUUUUUGGAGUUUGCACAUCUCUUGCUGGUCACAAUGCUGGAUACGACUUGGUGGAGCAGUGGCCUUAUUUCCUCGCAAUAUUUUCAUCCGUUCUGGGCUCCAUUUACAAAAUUCACACCAUCGAUUAUAACAAUCCUCAACAAUGCAUGAGAACAUUUGUUCAAAACAAGUGGAUUGGAUUUGUGAUUUUACUUGGAAUUAUUGGAGCUAAUUGGACCAAGCGAAGGAAGGAAAAGCAACGUUCUGAAUAA